CCCCCCUUUUUCACACCCACACCCACACCCACACCCACACCCACGCGCAGCUACCAGCUACCAGCUACUCGACAGAUGAUACGUCCCAUCGUUGCUCAGCAUUGCCUCUCUCUAUGAUUCGACCCUCCCUUUACCUUUCUCAUGCCUGUAGCCACUACCCCAUCCGCUUCGCCCCGGCUUGCUUCCUUGCCCAAGAUGGAGGAAAGGAAGCGACCGGCCGUCAGCAACGCCGAUGAUCUCGCGCCGCCGAGCAAGCGUCAUCAAAGCCUGAAUGGCAACAAGUCUAAAACCGAUUCCAAUGACCAACCCGAGGAAUACUGGAUUGAGAAUUAUCAAAAAGGCGCGAUAUACCGAGCAUUCCAAGAAGCAAAACGUGAUAAGGCGGAGCUCGAGUCUCGCGUCGACCAACUGCAGAAUCAUGUUACCUACCGCGACGAUCACAUUCGACUUAUCGAAGCUUGGUGGGAGCAAGUUCUGGAACACAUGGAGCUGCUCGCUGAUCCGACACUUCCCCCACUGAAAGGACCAACAGAACCUCCGUAUAUUGUUGGAACCAGCUUCAAGGACAUCCCCAGCUUCGAGCAACAUCUUAACGAAAGAACAGAAAUCUUGCGCAAGCGAGUUGAGACAGUGGUCCAACGCAUUGCCAACUCGCGAGGCGAGAUCAGUCCCAAUGUUGCCGAGUUAGAGUCCAGAGUCGCCUCUCUCCUCGCUCAACAGAAGAAUUACCUCCUUCAGCUAGAUCGCGCGCACCACGAGAAUCAGCAACUUUCCGAGGAUUUGAAUAAGAAGACCCUUGACUGGUUCAAAGCGGAAAGGCGCGAAAAGCGAUUGAGAAGUGCCCAGGUGCAAAAACUGGAGCAGCGGUUUCUAGCCAACGCGACGCAACCACCAUCGGGUGAGAAUGGGGGUGACGCCGCUGGCGCCAACGGGAACGCAGCCGAGACGCAAUGCAAACUUGAGGAGGCAUCAGCGGUCUUGGCGAAGCAGAAGGAACAGCUAGAUGCCGUGCAGACGGAGAUCCAGUCGUUGCAAGAAGAGAAUUCUUCCUUGAAGGCACGGCGCGAGAAUCUGACCGACGAGGACUACAUCCGAACCGACGUUUUCAAGCAGUUCAAGAUCUACAACGAGGACUUGAUCAAGCGGAUCAAUCAUCUGGAAGCUACAAACAAGCAGUUAAGAGACGAAGCAGAGAAGCUCCAGGCGGAGAGGACCGCCUUUCGGAACAAGCUGAACGAAGAGGCACAGUCUCACGUUGCUGACCUCGAACGCCAGGUGGAGGAACGCGACGGGGAUGUCACCCGUCUUCGGGCAGCACGGGACGAGUGGUUUGCGAAAGCGAACAUGUUGGAAGCCAGCCAGAAGGAGGAGAAACAGGCCUUGCAACAGAUCAAAGAGCUGGCAACGGCACGAGAGGACCGGAUCACCGCGCUCGAACUAGAGAUUCAACGACUCAAGCCCGCCGAAGAGCAACCCUUGGCCGAUGCAGACGAAGAGAUCGACCUGCUACCUCUCGAAGCGCUGGUGGCCAAGCACAAGAAACUCCGAGAGGACUUCCAGUCGAUCAACAAGGAGCUACCUGCUCUACAGCAGGCAUAUAAGAGAUCCAUGGCACUAGCACAAAAGAAAGUGAUGGAUUUCUCUGCUCUAGAGGACCGCUGCACGAUGCUCCUUUCCGACAAGCAGAAGGCGGACCAGAAAUACUUCGCCGUACGUAAGGAUGCAGAUCUCAGGGAUCGCGAAUUGGUGGCUUUGCGGAAUCAGAACCGGAAGAGUUCAGAAAUCGUCGCGCAGCUGAAAGAGGUGGAGUCUCAGCACAGGCUUCUCAUCAGUAACCUCGAGAAGCAACUAUCCGACCUGCGGCAGGCCAACGCCACUCUUACCAACGAACACAGGAAGAUGGAAUCAGCCAGCUCAGAACUGACACGUCGGGCAGAGGCGUCCAAGGCGCAGGCGACGGAGUUGACGAAUCUCGUCAAGUCACGAGACUCGGCUGCUGCGUCGAUGAGAGAACGUCAGACAACACAAGAAGCGGAGAUUUCCCGCCUGACAGCUAGGGUCGAGUUCUUGCAGAAGGAGAGGGAUGAUUGGAAGCGCAAAGCACUGAGUAACUCUUCAGAGGAGGAGGAGAUGCUUAGGACUUUUGCUUUGUGCACGGUUUGCCGUAAUAACUUCAAGGACACCGUUUUGAAAACGUGUGGACAUCUCUUCUGCGGAUCAUGCGUGGAUGAUCGUAUCAGCAACCGAAUGCGAAAAUGUCCCACGUGCGGCAAAGCUUUCGAUCGUCUGGAUGCGAUGCAAGUCCACCACUAAGGCAUUCGAUAACCUGCUGUGUUGCUUGAGCUUCCCACGGUCGAGGCGAAGUUCAUCGCACCAUUCACAGCGGCACCCUUACUUAAUAGCAAGGAAGCGCCCCUUGCUCACCACUUGGACUGGUUUGGUUCUCAUAUGUAUUUGGGGGAGUACGAUACCCUUGGCCCUUGGGGAACGACAUGGUGUGGGGAGACGAAGGCAUUCAGAGGUUGGAAACCGUGCCCUUUGUAUUUAUAUUCGCGUCAGAGAGGAGUCUGCACGCCCCCCCCCCCCUCCCUUAGGG